UCCCCUGAUUGGAGUACACGGUGUAAGGCCAGUCACAGCUUGCCUUCACUCUCCCUUCUCCUCUAAGCUGUGCCUGGUCACAGCUUUGGCCAGGACUUACCCACCCAUCUCACCAGCAGCAUGAAGCCUGCGCUGCUUUUCCAGCUCCUGCUGUUGACUUGCUUAGCACCACAGCUGGUGUCUGGGAGUCCCAAGCAACAUUUUUCGAGGUAUAUCUUGGAACCUCCACCCUGCAGAUCAGACCCUGAAAACUGUACUCAUUUCUGCACAUUGCAGGAAGAUUGCCAUCCAGGAUUUCAGUGCUGUUCUGCCUUCUGUGGUAUAGUCUGUACAUUAAACAAAAAUGUAAACCGUGAAAGACUCAAAACCAAGACCUUGAGAAACACCAGGGCUGGCAAGUGAGACAUGUUUCCCAGAGCAUGUUGUUCCAUAUAAAUUAGCUCCCAAAGAAGACAAGUAUCGUGUCUCUGAUCUCUGAAAUAUCUUCUCAGAUGGAACAAGGCAUAUUUGUGGAAAGUACUCCAUCCCUGAGAGAGCAUGUGAUUAAAUCAAAUGAUAAAAGCUCAGCUAAUUUAACAAUGAUCUCGAUUUCUCUACUAAACCUCCAGCAGCUAUGGAAGAUGUUGCUUCCCUCUGCAAGUCCCAUGUAAAUGUUACCAACUUGGAAAUUUGUGGUCACCUACUCCCAUGAUUCCACUUUGCCCCAGUCACACCCCCUCCAAAUGAAGUUUUCCCAAGAUAAAGGUAUCACCAUUCCAUAUCCCACACCUUUCUUCUAAUCUGACACCCUUCUCAUCUGGCUGAUCUCUGGUAACCCCUGGCCCAGAGCUGGAAACAUUGUUCAGAAAACUCUGCAGCCUCCUUUAUCACCAUGAGUUGACCAGAUGUGCUUCAAGUUGAUCUAAUGAGCCAGGCCUCUCACAUUAAGGUUGGCCCAUUCAAACUACAGCUGUCACGGUCUUAAUCAUCUAAUCUUCAUCUGUCUGUU